AUAAAAGAGGCGAUAAGCUAGAGUGGUUAUAACAAAUAAAGUGAGGAGAAAAAGCCUCUUUCCAUCAUUCUCUGCUGGAUUCGCCGUGGUACAUUGCAGAGCGAACUCGGAAAACUAUUUUCAGGUUAUCAAACUGGACUGACUGUUUAAACGUGUCAUAACUGCCAUCAGUGAAGAAGCUAUAUCUUCGAAACACUGCCUAUGAAGUCUACGAUGAGGCUCUCAUUUUUACUUCUUGCCUGGCUAAGUGCUCUGCGGAUGUUAUAUCACCGCAGCCUAGGCGUCGAAGCCAGUAAUUGUGAGGUAAAAGAAGAAUCAUUGGUUCAAAAGCUCAUGGAACUCCACAACGCAUCAGUGAGGCUCGCAAGGAACCAUUCCAAACAACACCAGCCAGUUCAUUUUGCUGAGGUGUGUCCUGGAUAUUGUGGUGAAAACAGCGUGGGAACAUGGUGCUCUCCAAACUGCGAGUGUCGUGUCUUAAAUGUGAUUAAACCGCCCAUGUACGUAUGUUUUGAGAAGGGCAAACCACUUCCGCUUGGAUUCAAGUAAUUCUGACGCACAAAUUCCUGUGGCUGUAUUCAAUAGCUUAAUUUCAAUUAAAACAGGUAAAGCUGAAAUAAAACGUUCACCUAUUUUGGA